AUGCAGGCGUUCCCCGCCCGCUAUUCCCGCUGGAUGCCCAUUCUAGCUGGAGUGGUUAUAAUCUUUCUUUUCUUACAUUUACGAAAAUCCGGCUUCGGAAUAUACACACCACAAGUAAUUAUCGAUACCGAUUUCAACUCUACAGAUACCGCGCCCUCAAAUUGGACAUCAACACCUACAAAUCAAUCAGAAAUCGAAAUCGAAAUCGAAAUCGAAAUACCCACUCCAUCCUGUCCUCCCUUGCCCGGAAUCGAAGAUGUGCUAGUCAUACUCAAGACUGGAAUAACAGAAGCACAAGAGAAAGUGCCCGUCCACAUCCGCACAACGCUACACUGCAUCCCGAACCUUCUCAUUGUCUCGGAUUUCGAAGAAGACAUUACCGGAGUCCGCACCCACGAUGUCUUCCGGAAUACGAGCGCUUCCGUGCGACAAAAUCCCGACUUCGCACUAUAUAACCGAGCCCGAAAAUCCGGCCGAGCCGGUCUUACCGAACAGGAUUUGGUAAAAGUUGCCAAUAGCGCAGCUGGGAUGUCAGAUAAUCCAGGCUGGAAACUGGAUAAAUGGAAAUUCCUACCGAUGGUAGUUGAGGCGCGGAAUUAUCAAUCUGAUGCGAAAUGGUUCGUCUUCUUAGAAGCUGAUACUUUCCCCAUUUGGUCGAAUCUGCUGGGUUGGUUGGAGCAUUAUGAUUCGAAUCAGAAAUGGUAUAUGGGGAAUCAGAUGCAGAUUGGAUCGAGUAUCUUCGCGCAUGGAGGUUCGGGAUUCGUACUUUCCAACCCGGCUAUUCAUGCUGUUGCGGAUGAGUAUAUGGACUCAGAGCGCAUGGGUUAUUGGCAUGCGGAAACAGAACGACAUUGGGCUGGGGAUUGUAUUUUGGGGAUGGCGCUUGCUGCAAUUGAUAUCCCGUUGACUUGGGCUUGGCCACAUGUUACUGGACAGUCGGUUUGGGAGCAGGAUGCUGUUAAUGAUGAACGGGGGAAGAAACAAUGGUGUUAUCCUCCCUUCACGUUUCAUCAUAUGGCUCCUGAGGAUAUUGAGCAGAUGUACGAUUUUGUUAAGGAAUGGUAUGCGAGUGAACCCGGACCUUAUAUGCUAUAUGGCGAUGUCUUCCAACGGUUCAUCCGCCCAAAACUUGCAGAUAGAAUGGAGAACUGGGACAAUAUGGCGCCAGAAGAAGUAAAAAAGGAAGGCGAAGAACCGACCAAGUGGACAUUAUAUGAAUGCGCCGAGGAAUGUGCUAAGAAGCCUCGUUGCUUGCAAUACCGUGUCGACGAAGCUGGAACAUGCAAGACCUCUGAAUGGGCUCUCCGUGGUAAACCAUCACCUGGAGUGAUGACUGGCACGAUGAUGUGGAGGGUGGAUUCUAGAAUCCAGACUUUGGGCGAGUGUACCAACCCGCAAUGGAUCGUUCCGACUCGAUGA